ACAGAAGCGCUAACGUCGUAACAGAAAGAACAGAUCCAGUGGUAAAGAAGAUUACAAAAUUUUCAGUCGCGAUUCAAAUGAAGGCAUAGUUGCUGCUGCUACCACAUCACCCGGUAGAUGGAUCUACUCGCGCACGUACAGUUCGCGGGGAGAGAAAAAAAAAACCUUGUAUGCGUAGUCCUACAAAACAAUUCUUUGUUUCUUAGAACCCGCCAUUCCAAAACCACGACAACACACGACAACAGAAAAAAAAACGGAACUGUUGAAACAAAGAAUACCUAAUGGCUGCGAAGAAUUGGCGGAGGCUUACAGGACGAGCCAAAUCGAAAUACUAAAACAUACCACUGCAUGCACUGAGCAUGCGCAAAAACUUUUCGUCGCCAGUGUAUUCAACGCCACUCGCUGCCUUGUUCACGGACAAAAGAUGGAGAUAAUCCUUGGCGGUGUCGAUACCGCAGUAUGGCCAAUAUCAUGCAAUCUGAUUUUUUUUUUUCUUCAUUUCUUUAUUUUGCACAGCCAACAAGCCUGCGUUGUUGUUUUUUUUAAUCAUAUUUCACUGUUGUUCGUUUCCACACAUAACGUGUGUUCCUUGUUGACGACGUUGUUACAUGAAAUCAGGCGCUCCAUGCCGCGUAAUAAAGCUCUACAGGAGUGAAAAACACGGCCUAACACCACGUGAUCUAGUCCAAAGAGCCUAUACUUUCUGCACUCUCUCCUACGCCCGAUGACGCGUUUGCGAUAACCCGGUAUCGAUAAGCUUAGCGCAAAAAAAAAAAAGAAAAGGUAGCCCCGUUCUUUUCCAGAACGCAGGAUUGGUGCCUGAGGACACCGCCAUGCCGGAUCUUAAGCGAGAACGGGUGCAUCGUUUUCGGGACCAUGUCGUCGCGGGCGUCAACUGGCGACCGACGCGGUUCGUCGACGAGGUGCCGAAUUCGCGUGUUUGCGGCCUCUGCCGCAUGAUCCCGACACGGACGGUGUUGCUGCCGUGCUCGCACGUUCUUUGCCAAUCCUGCCACGCAGCCAGCUCGGCAGCUGGCGCCGGACUGUGUCCGCUGGAUCGAGAGCCGUUCGAGGAAUCGGAGUGCCACGGUGCCGAUUUCCCUGCCAGGAAUGCUAACGCAUUGCAAGCUUACUGCUGGAACGAAGCACACGGAUGCGAGUUCACAGGCACCAUGGAAGCUUUACUGCGGCACUACGAGAUGGAAUGCGCAUUCCACACUGUGGAUUGUUUAAGGUGCGGCCAAGGAGUCCUGCACCAAGACCUGUCAAUGCACUACGUGGCCGCCUGCAGUGCCGACGUUUCUUCCGCGGUCACAGAGAACUCCUCCUCGGAACAUACAGUGGCACUGACACUUCAAGACUUGAGCAACGCCCAGGAAGAUUUGAAGGCGCUUUUGAAAGGCCUGUUUUAUGAUCAACUGCUGCCUGCUAUUCAAAGUCAGAUGAAUGAGCUCACCGAACAAGCUAAGAGCCAGGAAGCCAGAUUGGCUGAGAUCACUAGAGAGCUAAAGGCUUCGGAGCACAACUUAAAGGGUGAGAUGGUUAAUAUCAGGCGAUCCAUGUCAUCAGCGUCACACCUGCCAAAUUCGGCUCCGGAGGCCGGCACGUCCUCGUCCCUGCCGUUGCGCUCCGAGAAGGCGCUAAUACUUCGCAAGCUGGAACACUUCGUCAACGUGGCGCUCAGCACCCUGGAACGUGUGCGGCAAGACGCACCGCAGCAGAAUCAUCGCCCUGUCAUUGCGUAUUGCCAGCCUGUCCUCGCUUCAGGCAACGAGCAUCCGCGUUUAACCAGUGCGCUGUCGACAUCACUUUGGUUAAGCGAGGAAGUUAAGGAUAUGAAGUACGUCCUGACCGUGGAAAACGCUGAGGAAAUUUGUAAGUGCGAAGUGAAAAAGAGAACGCUUGCCGAGUUGACAUGGUUCCACACGAGAGACACGUAUUUUACGGUUGCCGUCAACAAGAGUACCUACCGUGAUGCUCCUUGUCUCGCGUUGGAGAUUCAGUUCAACGGGCUGCUGGUGGGCUCACAGUGCGUGCCACUUAAAUUGAACGUGAAGGUGUGGAAGGAUGACCCAAUGGCGGGUCGUUACAUGUACUCGUUUGUCAAAAGUUGUUUCUGCGCUCGCGAUCAAGGUUCACUGCAACACAUUCACCGCGUGUUCUGGAUGGAGCUAGAUGACCUUGUAAACGAUGGCUAUCUUCGAGACGGUGAGAUGACGUUCGACAUCGAGCUAGAAGACAUCAAGGACGAGGGUCGGGCACGAGCUGCUCUUUGACUCCCAGCAUGCGCUGCAACGCCAUGUUCUUGCGCUUAACGCGCUCGUAUCUCAGAUUUAGUAAGUCUCUAAUACUCUGCUCUUAAUUCGAAGGAGUUGAAACCUUUUUGUGUGCUUCGUAUCCGGUUAUUUAGGUGCUACUUCAUGUGUUUCUAAAUGUGUUUUGUCUUUCUUUUGUGUGAUUAUCAGCUCGGUUACAUUUUCAUUAUGCUAAUACGCGUGCUUGACCUGCAGAUAUUAACUAUUGAGACAUCCUCCUACAUAUUCUUUCCUGCAUUAUUGCUGUGAGAUUUCUGUGUUGACGGCCAGAGGAUAUCGGAGCAUUCAGGCUGUCACAACGACGAAGACUUUAUAUGUAGUAGCAUCAAGCUAAGGUUCUUUUCACAAAGUGGGCUGCAAUUCAGCGAAAGCUGCUGUGAUUAGAGCCCGAAACUAUAGGUUGUUCUGUGUUCCAUCCGAUGUAGCCAAAACUGACGUAUCAGGCAUUAGUGCGACCCGAACUAGAAUUUGCAGCCGCAAUUUCUGUACUUCGCUCUGUUCAUAAACAGUUGCACUUGC